AUGCCGACCACGUACGCGGUCGCGAGGCCGCGGAACGCCGACGCGCACCCCAAGAAGAAGGACGCGCGCUGCCAGGAGCCGGAGCAGGUCGUGAGCACGUACCGCGGCAUCGCCGAGGACCAGCACGACGAGCGGGACGCGCGGGAGCAGCGGGACCAGCGGGACGCGCGGAGCGAGCAGGACGACGAUGUCGUCGAGUACAUGGAGGUCGACGAGGCGGCGCUGGAGCGGCGCAGGCGCGACAUGGUCACGCCGGAGGUGUCCUCGGUGUGCAGCGAGGAGCCGCCCACGCCGCCCGCGCCGCGCGCCUCGGUGUCCUCCACCAGCGGCUUCUCUUCGAGCUGCCCCCACAGCUGCCCGCCGAGCGUGCAGUCCAGAGCACCGCUGGAGCUGCCACCGGAGGCCGACGAGGACGUCGACGAGGAGGUUGACGAGGACGUUGACGAGGCCGCCGCCAUGCCCACCCCAGACUCCUCCAGGCUGGGGCAACCUCUGCCGCCGCCACACGAGCGGACAAGCCCGGCGGCCUUCAACGACUCCAUCAUUCCCGAGGAGGACGAGGACGAGGACGCCUUCAGCACGGCGCUGUACUCGGACGUGAUAGAGGACGAGGACCUGUACAUCACGGUGCCCAGCGAGUGGGACGGCGAGAACUCGUUCGGCUCGUCCAGAUCCGGCGCGGACGAAACCCCCGCCCCUUUCCGGCCGCCCCGCCAGCCCGCCCAGGUGAUCGUCAUACGAGAGAACAACAUCCACAGCCAGAGCAACGGCAACGCGCCUCGGCCUCCCCAGGACGCUCCACCAGAUAGACCAGUGCCGCGGCUGUCGGUGCAGUGCGUGCUGUGCUGCGAGCCACGAGGCGACAAGACACGACUGCUGUCCCAGACGGCGGGCUGCAGGUGGCUGGCCACAGCCUUGGUGCUCUUCUUCCUCCUCGUCAGCCUCCUCCUGCUCAACCUGGCCAACCGUUACAACGACACGGCGGCGUCAUCAAGCAAAACUAAAUUAGUCCCUCAGCAGAGUUCUGACGAAGUUCAGCCGCCGUCUUGAAGAGAUCCCAACAAAAAUUGUGUAAGUUUAUAUCUGCAUUGUGCCAAUAAAAGUGGAU